UUGAACAUUCCUCCCGUAUAAAUGCUGUGUUCUUUCCCUAUAUGCUGCCACAUCGAGAAGCAUGCCAUAAAGAAGAAGUUAUUCUAUUUCUGAAAUAAAACUUUUCAUUUAGAAAAUGGACUACUUCCACUGUCUUGUUUUGCAGGGUGUAAUAGGAAUAAACAAAAUGUUGUUGGCUCAACAAUCAGGAAUCUGCUCAAAUACAACAGGAGAAGUGGUAUGCUGUGAAAAUUACUUCUUGACUGGAAAUCUUUGUGAGGUUUGUCCUCUGGGAACAUUCGGUAAAAACUGCAGCUUCCCAUGCCCAAAUGGAACUUAUGGAAAACUUUGCACUGGGACCUGCGAUUGCUCUCCAUGCCACAAAGUUCAUGGCUGUCUAAAGAAUCAAGUUUGUCCUCCCGGACCAUCCGGUGAAAACUGCAGCUUCCCAUGCCCAAAUGGAUCGUAUGGAAAACUUUGCAGUCUAAAGAAUCAAGACUCCAAACCUAGAACUGUAGAUUAUGACUGGUGGACAAUCGUUUCAUCUGUUGCCGGGAGUUUCAGUAUCUGUGUUAUUGUGGGUAUUGUAAUAUACUGUAGAUUGAGACAUGUGAACGUUUCCAGCAAAUCGUAUUAUCCAGGAAAUAGGGAGACGUCGUACAGAAAUGGAGCAAUUAAAAAACAGAAUAACAUUCAAAAUAGCCAUCUCAUUGAUGACAAUUGCAGACUUGAAAACCCCGUAGAGCUGCGAAACUGGAAUCAGAGAAACAAUUCCUUUUUCAACUGUCGAAGAAAUGUUAGCGAUUGUACAAUCUCGAUAUCAAAUCAGCAAUCCAAACCACAGUCAUCCGUUUCUAGAACACCAAAUGUACCUGACCAUGAACUAGAAAUCUACGACAUACUGUCUCUAAAAUGUCAAACAGCUCGUGACCUACGUACAGAUUCGUUUUUCAUGCCGGUGUACAAUAAACUCACGCGAUCAGUCAACCAUUGUGACGUAGCAGAGACUAAAUGCCGUGACAGUUUUCUAUAUCCGAAACAUCCGUUAAGAGAGGAUGCAGAAUAUUACAAACUAACAAAACAAUAAGGGGAUAGGGAGUUACGAGGACUAACUUUGACUAACACUCCUGUUUCCAACAGCACAGCCCCACACUGUUCUGAGGUCUGCAGAGAUAACAAAGACCGAUAAACACAGAAACGCGAAAAAUUACAGAUGACAAACCAACAUCGAAAUUUUUUGCUGUGUUGUAUCAUCGGCCACCAGGAGGCGGGCGAUUAUUUGUUCUGGUUCUAGAAACACGAACGGAGAUUUACGGAGAAAGCAGAGCGUCUGGUUGCACGAGACUAGAAAGACGACCGUGAUUUACUGCGGGCCUACAUUAUAAAAUAAUAAACUUAGUUUCAUUUAUCCAAAGCCAUCAUCAUCACUUGAUUAUUCUGUUGAAUUGAAUUACGGUAUUUACAAUGUACAUGUACAUAUAUCUAAUUUCGAUUUAACAAUCUCUACCCAGAGUUAUCGUCCCCGCUACGCUCCACUAAUACCUCUGUCAACGUCUAAAAAGUAUAUCAAAAUGUACUAAAACUAACGUAGCUAAUUAAAUUGUAAUGAUGAUAUUUAAGCAAAUUAAACAUUUGUCUUAUUUUUUUUAAAUUUAAAUCCUUGUGGUGAUCUCGCAGCUAGAGCUAGAAAAGCUCACUUUGCCCUGAAAUACAUGUAUAAACUUCACUGUGGCCCAGAUCUGUCACCCAACCUGUGGUUAAAACUACAUGAAUCAAUUAUUGUUCCAAUUUUAACAUACUCAUCAGAAAUAUGGAUCUCAGAUUUUAAUACAAAUUUCAACAAUUUUGAUAAAGCACCAUUUAAAAAGAUUCAUAAUUUCAUAUUGAAGAACAUUCUAAUUGUGCACAAUAAAACAUCUAACUUGGCUCCAAAACUUGAACUAGGCAAAUCCCCUUUACAUGUUAAAAUAUUUCAGCUUGCAUUUAAUUUUUUUUUUCAGAUUGGAAAAUCGGACAAAAUCUAAUGUUAAUGAGAACCUUGUUUUAAAAAAUGCAUUCUUGGAAGAUACAAAGUUGGCCAAUAAAGAUUUAAAAUGUU